AGCGCCCCCCUCUGAGGCUGGCGACACGGAAGAAUCGCCUCCCCCUUCUAAACCGGGACUGAAGAUACAACUGACAACCGAUCAGUGCGAGGGAGAAAAUACACUUCUGCCAUCUGACAUAUGCGGGCUAAUCAGACGGCGGCUCGCAAGGGACAAAUUUUCCCUCGCUCCCGCCCUGGUCAUGUGUUUGCGGCCCGAGUUUAUAAAACUGGGACCGAGGAUGCCAAUGUCACUUCCGUUCUCUGUACAUCAUGUCGGAAGUAACUGAAGAACAGGCAUCCGUGUCGCCUCAGGAGAGGGGCGAGAUCCCGGAAGGUGGAGGGGCUGCGGUAGGGGUGCUGGAGCCGGCUCCCGCCUUAGCUGUUUCCCCGGUGUCUGAGGAACCUGCCGGAGACGCGAAAAAGAAAAUUGAUGUUUUGCUUAAGGCUGUUGGAGAUACCCCUAUAAUGAAGACCAAGAAAUGGACUGUAGAGAGAACUCGCACAAUCCAGGGGCUCAUUGACUUCAUCAAAAAGUUUCUCAAACUAAUGGCCUCAGAACAGCUGUUUAUUUAUGUGAAUCAGUCCUUUGCGCCUUCACCAGACCAGGAAGUUGGAACACUCUAUGAGUGCUUUGGAAGUGAUGGCAAGCUGGUACUGCAUUAUUGUAAAUCUCAAGCCUGGGGAUGAAUUAAGACCUGCCGUUCCUUAGGACUGUUAGAGAGAAAUGGGCUCAGAGAUUUCCUGUGGACAAAUUGAAAAGAUGUUGGCACAGUUGCCCAUGGAAUUCACUUUAUUCUCCCUGAAGUUUUUUCUACAGGUCAGUGCAGGUGAUUAGAAGAACUACAUAGGUUUCUCAGCAUGAUAAUUUUUUUUCUUUGUUUUGUGGAAAUAAUUGUGCCCUUGAGCAAUACACUCCAGAACUCUGAGGUUUCUUUCUGGAAAACGGAUACUGCUGCUCCGAUUUAAGGGUCCACAGUUCACCAGCUCAUAUGGAAGUUUAUACCCUCUCCCUACAGAAGAAUGUUUACUGGUUAGUUUCUGUACCUUAGAUAAAAGAGUAAAAAUUUCCAUUUUCUGUU